GGGGGGGGGGUACAAAGCGGGAUGCGGAGAAGAUGUUGAUGUGCUCGUGUCUUGCUUGCCUCGGCCUGUCAAAUGCUGUCACCUCUACAGCAGGCAAGAAGGCCAUUGAAGAUGAUGGUGAUGACGAUGAUGACCGACAGACCGACAGACCGACAGACCGACAGACCGACAGACCAACAGAGAGACGGACAGAUGGCGGCAAACACGACCGCGGGUGUGGCGAUGGUUAUGACGGGUGAUGGUGACUCGCCGUUGGCGCUUCGAAUUGUGCUGGCGGUGUGUGUGUGUGCUGUCGGAGUGGGCUUGCUCGUCUACGGCACGUACGUCAAGCGGACGCGGUUCGUUACUCGUAUCGCCCGCAAGAAGGCCAUGGUCGAGUUUACAAAGUAUCCAAAGUCGGCCGUCAAGCAAUUCCGCACAAAGAGCUCGUCAAGUUCGGAGCAGUCGUUGACCGACUCGACCAAUCCGUCAGGCGAUGCAUCGUCAACUGUCCGUCCCACGCCCGGCGUUGGCUCUAGAUCAGUUGCCACCCUGGUGGUAGCCGAGUCGGGCUGGCAGCCUCUCGCCAUGUACGACAAGGCUCUUGGCGGAUAUCAGGACGGACGGCAAGUCGGUGCGUUUUUGGGCGCGGCCGCCGCCGUCGGCAGCGGUACGAGGCAACAGCUGACGACGAGACCGAGCCCGAUCGCGAGAGCAAGGGCACGGGCAAGGAGAAGAGGAAGGGCAAGGGCAAGCGUGAGGGCAAGCGUGAGGGAAAGCGUGAGGGAAAGCGUGAGGGUAAGAGUAAGGGUAAGGUCAAGGCCGAGGUCACCAAGCCUAAGGUUGCCAAGCCCAAGGUUACCAGGUCCAAGAAGGCAAAGACCAAGAAGGCCAAGUCCAAGAAGGCCAAGUCCAAACAAUCCAAGUCCAAACAAUCCAAGCCCAAGCCCAAGCCCAAGCGGGUCACGCCCAAAAGCAAAGACCGCUCAAGGCGCAAGAAGAAAAAGAGAGCAACGUCGUCGUCAUCGUCAUCGUCGUCGUCAGGCUCCGGGUCAUACGGAUCCGGAUCAGCCGACGGCGACGGCGAUGGCGACGGUGAAGAGUCGGCUACUGACUCGUCGUCGUUGCCGUUUGACUUUGAGUCGAGCUAGGUAGGGCGGGGGAGAAAUCAUCGCCUGCAGCAUGCCGCCCAAGAGCAGUCGACCGAGGAGCCAUUGAGAGCGACAGUGGAGGCCGGGACGAGAACACCGGCGUCGUCGAGCACAAACCACGAGAGCGAGAUGUCGAGCGAGUCCAAGUCGCCGACUAGCGUCUCGAAAGUAAGCGGCGGGUUUGCGCCCGCCCGCAGGUUGACCAGCGCCAGCAGCUCCUCGAGGGUGUACCGCCGCGCCGACGCGUGCUCAAAGUACGGC